AUGGCCGACGUCCAUAUUGCAGACGCCCCGGAGGGCCGCAAGCAGUCCAUCGGCAUCCAUACCACCCAGGAUGUCGAGCACAUCGAGGCUCCCAUCACCUGGAAGGCCUACCUGAUGUGUGCCUUUGCCUUUGGUGGUAUCUUCUUCGGUUACGACUCCGGAUACAUCAACGGUGUCAACGGCUCUGCCAUCUUCUACAAGGCCGUUGAGGGCAUCAACGCCACCAAGCUCAGCGACAGCCACACCUCCCUCAUCACCUCCAUCCUCUCCUGCGGUACCUUCUUCGGUGCCCUCAUCGCCGGUGACGUUUCCGACUGGAUUGGCCGCAAGUGGACCGUCAUCAUCGGCUGCUUCAUCUACAUGCUCGGUGUCGUUGUCCAGAUGGUCACUGCUCCCAACCACGCCCUCGGCCCCAUUGUCGCCGGUCGUCUGAUUGCCGGUCUCGGUGUCGGCUUCGAGUCCGCCAUUGUCAUUCUGUACAUGUCUGAAAUCUGCCCCCGCAAGGUUCGUGGUGCCCUCGUCGCUGGCUACCAGUUCUGCAUCACCAUCGGUAUCCUGCUCGCUUCUUGCGUCGUCUACGGCACCAAGGACCUCGACAACACCGGUGCCUACCGCAUCCCCAUCGCCAUCCAGUUCCCCUGGGCCCUGAUCCUCGGUGGUGGUCUGCUCUUCCUCCCCGACUCCCCCCGUUACUUCGUCAAGAAGGGCGAGAUCCAGAAGGCUAUCAACUCUCUGUCUCGCGUUCGUGGCCAGCCUGAGGACUCCGAGUAUGUCCAGAACGAGCUUGCUGAGAUUAUCGCCAACGAGGAGUACGAGCGUGCUCUGAUCCCCUCCACCACCUGGUUCGGCUCUUGGGCCAACUGCUUCAAGGGUUCUCUCUGGACCGGCAAGUCUAACCUGCGCCGAACCAUCCUCGGUACCUCUCUUCAGAUGAUGCAGCAGUGGACCGGUGUCAACUUCAUCUUCUACUACUCCACCCCCUUCCUCCAGUCUACCGGCGCCAUCAAGAACUCGUUCCUGAUCUCUCUCAUCUUCUCCCUGGUCAACGUCUGCUCCACUCCUCUGUCCUUCUGGACCGUUGAGCGAUUCGGUCGUCGUACCAUCCUGAUCUUGGGCGCCCUCGGUAUGCUCAUCUGCCAGUUCCUCGUCGCCAUCAUCGGUGUCACCGUCGGCUUCAACAAGACCCACCCCGACCCCAGCGACCCCAGUCAGAACCUGGCCGACAACAUCCCCGCUGUCAACGCCCAGAUCGCCUUCAUCGCCAUCUUCAUCUUCUUCUUCGCCUCCACCUGGGGUCCCGGUGCCUGGAUCGUCAUUGGUGAAAUCUUCCCUCUGCCCAUCCGAUCCCGUGGUGUCGCUCUGUCCACCGCCUCCAACUGGCUGUGGAACACCAUCAUCUCCGUCAUCACCCCCUACAUGGUCGGCACUGACAAGGGCAACCUGAAGUCGUCCGUCUUCUUCAUCUGGGGUGGCCUCUGCACCUGCGCCUUCGUCUACUCCUACUUCCUCAUCCCCGAGACCAAGGGCCUGUCUCUCGAGCAGGUCGACAAGAUGAUGGAGGAGUCCAGCCCCCGUACCUCCGCCAAGUGGAAGCCUACCACCACCUUUGCCGCUCAGAUGGGCACUGGUGAGUACCUUGAGAAGCCUACCGCUGAGGUGUAA